UCUCGACGUAGAGCCCAGCUGCUAUGGUAAUCAUGAACUCUGACAACUCUGUAUAAAAUACAAGCGAGAAUCUGGUCCACAUGUUGACAAGACUCGUUGGCCUCGAGCAGUUGGAGCAAAGUUUGGGAGGAUUUUCGUGGGAGUGCAACGUUACCCCUCUGAUAAAACGAAGCAGUGGGCAACCUGUGUGCAGUUAUUACAAAUCGAAAGAUACCCAAGUCACCGCCUUGCGGCUGAGGAGAAACCUUAGAUCGGAGGCUAACAAGCUAACUGGUCCAGCUAAGUCCAAUAUAUCCUGGCCGUAACGACUUUUUGUGACAUACUCAUCAGCUGCAUCGUGAGACGGACGCGACUUCUAAGGAAUUGAGGAUGAAUCAUUUAUCUUUAAGUGAGCUUUGUUGCCUCUUUUGUUGUCCUCCCUGCCCGAGUAAAAUCGCAUCCAAACUGGCCUUUCUCCCACCCGAGCCCACGUACACGCUCAUAUCCGAUGAGAGCGGAUCGCGUUGGACGCUCCACCUGUCCGAGCGGGCCGACUGGCAAUACUCGGCUCGCGAGAAGGACGCCAUCGAAUGUUUCAUGACCCGUACGUCGAGAGGGAACCGAAUCGCGUGCAUGUUCGUUCGCUGUUCGCCCAGCGCUCGUUACACCCUGCUCUUCUCUCACGGCAACGCAGUGGACCUGGGCCAGAUGAGCAGCUUUUACAUCGGGUUGGGCUCACGCAUCAACUGCAACAUCUUCUCGUACGACUAUUCGGGCUACGGAGCCAGUUCAGGAAAGCCGUCGGAGAAGAACCUGUAUGCGGACGUGGACGCAGCGUGGCAAGCCCUUAGAACGAGGUACGGUAUCAGACCAGAAAACGUGAUCGUGUACGGUCAGAGCAUCGGUACGGUGCCAUCGGUGGACCUCGCAGCCCGUUACGAAAGUGCAGCCGUCAUCCUUCACUCCCCCCUUACCUCUGGCAUGAGAGUGGCCUUCCCUGACACCAAGAAAACCUACUGCUUCGAUGCAUUCCCCAACAUCGAUAAGAUCUCCAAAGUGACGUCUCCCGUGCUGGUGAUCCACGGGACGGAGGACGAGGUGAUCGAUUUCUCCCACGGCCUGGCUCUGUACGAGCGUUGCCAGAGACCCGUGGAGCCUCUGUGGGUGGAGGGUGCUGGGCACAAUGACGUGGAGCUGUACGGACAGUACCUGGAGCGUUUAAAACAGUUCGUCUCUCACGAGCUCGUCAACUUGUAGGAGAGAGAAAAAACCAAACUGAGGGCU